AUGACCUUGUUCGAUAUGUUCGGCUUGGGUGCAGCUAUCACAAUCUUUGCCAUCAUAGGCCUGCGUUUCCUGGUCCACCCGCGAAGAAAGGCUGCCUUGCAAAUAUCAAAAGUGCUAUUGACGGAAAUUACCCUGGAAGGGCUCUUCGCCAAUGAAUUUCUCAAGGCCAUGGACAAGCAUCAACCAUUCGAGGAGUUUGAUUCAGAAGACGACUUUGAUUGUGAGAGCCGCAUGGAUGCAGAUGCCCGCAAAUAUAUAUGCCAUCCCGUCCCGGGAUUCAACGAGAUGACUCAUCCGUAUCCAGGCAUCGACUCGACCGAGAGCCUUGAAAGAUCCAACGAGGCGAGCCGAACACACACACCGAGCCGAAAACCACUGCCUUUCAAGGAAACCAAUUCGCCUGGUCGUCUGCGCCAAAUCUACGUCAAGUACCGUCCUGUCCGCAAAUUUGUCGAAGGCCGUGGAUUGAAAGGAAUGGUGAGGAACGUUGCCAGCUACCUUCAGACCGUCGGACACUGGGCGCUCGUCAUAGGUCCUUACACCUACGAUAUAUAUGAGAAGAACGGAUCUAUAUGUGUCUUCGUGGGAGAAUGGGAAGAGACACCGCCCGGGGAGGAGGACCGGAUCAAGAUGAAAGAGGUGGGAAAAACAGUUUGCACGGACGAAGAUAUUUGGAAGAUCGGUCAGUGUUACACCCUCCCUCCCCUUUACCCUCUCUUCGACAUGGAGGCAUGCCAAUACUUCACAGCACUGAUGGUUUACAUACGCAUGAAACGAGAGAAAUAUGACAUCGGCUUCAACAAUUGCCAGCGCUUUGUCCGCCUAUUCGCCCGCAGAAUUGCCAUUCCCGACCAGAGGUCUGUUAUUGACGUCUUGAUCACGAUGCAGCGAGUGUAUCGCAUGUUGCCCGCGUCCUUCUUCACUUCGGCUUACCAAUACAGCCGGUGCGCGGGGAGGGUGUGUCUGGACAUACUGCGGGAGUUCUUUUCGUCCGAGCUACUAGAGACCGCUUUCGAGCACAUCCGGCGGACCGCAAAGAUCAGCUUUCGCGCCGCCUUCUUCCUGCUCACCGCCGGUCUUCUGUUCGGGUUCCUCAACAUGGUGAGAGAGCUGAAGGGGUGGGAUGUCGUCGAGGACCGCUCCAAGUACGUUGAAUUAUUGGAGAGAUUUGGAUUCAAGGACGCCGAACUGCAGCAUAUCUGCCUGCGUGGGGCCUUUAAGGGUCCAAACGGGAUGAAGGAUUUCUUUCGCCAGGUCGUCUCUAAGCGGCGUCUCCUCGAGGGAGUAUAG